AUGGCAUACUUGAGAGCUCAAGCAGCUCAGAUUGACGCUUGGGAGCAUCUCGGAAACGAUGGAUGGAACUGGGAGAGUUUGUUGCCCUACUACAAGCAAAGCGAGCACUUCCAGAUCCCUACUGAAGAGCAGUGCUUAGCUGGUGCUGCUUAUGACAUUGAUGUUCAUGGAACGACUGGCUACCUCAAGACUGGCUGGAACACGGGUCUCCUGGGCGAGAACGUCACUUCGCUCAUCAACGCUACAUACACUUCUACCGGACUGCCAUACAUACAAGAACCCAACGGUGGUUCUAUGCGUGGUUUCACCCGCUAUCCAGCAACCGUGGACCGCGAACUCAAUGUCCGUGAAGACGCUGGCCGUGCUUACUAUCUGCCCGUCCAGAACAGAACUAAUCUGGACCUCUACACAAACUCUUUUGUACAGCGCAUGACCUGGGACAAGGAUUCGACAAGCUCGACACCUCGUGUUAGUGGAGUGCAAUUCACCGAUGCUUCUGGAAAGCAAAAGGUCAUGAGCGCUAAGAAGGAGGUGAUUCUUUCUGCUGGUGCAUUGAGAUCACCUCUUAUCUUGGAAUUGUCGGGCGUUGGAAACUCUGCGUAA